AUGUAUUUCUACGAGGAUAAUUCCAGUGCACGGGCAGGCAAGGAACAAGUUACACAUGUGCAAUUCAGCAGUAUCGGUAGUGAAAAAAAUGAUACGACACGCGCUGGCCAGCAGCACAGAAAUGCAGAGCAAACGUUACAGCAAAACAUCUCGCCAUACGUGCGGUUAAUGCGUAUUGAUCGACCGAUUGGAUCGUGGCUGCUGUUUUGGCCAUGCGGUUGGGGCAUAGCGCUCAGCGCUCCUGCAGGCUGCUGGCCCGAUCCCGUCAUGCUGGGCUUAUUUGGCGUUGGAGCAUUCAUCAUGCGCGGUGCGGGAUGCACCAUAAACGAUCUCUGGGAUCGGGACAUCGAUGCGAAGGUUGCACGUACUCGAAACCGACCCCUGGUGGCGGGAGAAAUCACCCCGUUUGAUGCACUCGUGUUCCUAUCCGGUCAGCUGGGAGUGGGUUUGCUCGUUUUACUCCAGCUAAACUGGUAUUCGAUCCUGUUGGGCGCGAGCUCGCUAGGUCUAGUCAUAAUCUACCCACUAAUGAAACGAGUAACUUAUUGGCCGCAGUUGAUACUCGGAGCAACCUUCAAUUGGGGUGCGUUGCUUGGUUGGAGUGCUACGCAAGGAUCGGUUGAGUGGUCCGCUUGCCUGCCGCUGUAUGUAGCCGGAGUGUGCUGGACGAUUGUUUACGAUACGAUCUAUGCUCAUCAGGAUAAGAAAGAUGAUUUGAUGAUUGGCAUCAAAUCGACCGCUUUGAGGUUCGGAGACAAUACGAAACUGUGGCUUACUGGGUUCACGGCAGCGAUGCUGGGAAAUUUGGUAGCUGCUGGGCUGGUGUGCGAUCAAUCAUGGCCAUACUACACUUCGAUCGGGCUAAUAGGAGCCCACUUGGCACAUCAGAUAUUCUCUCUAAACAUCCAUAAUCCCACCGAUUGCGCCUCGAAAUUCAUUUCGAAUCACCAGAUUGGACUUUUAUUAUUUCUUGGCAUCGUGCUUGGGACGCUUUACAAAAGUAAAGGCGACGAACGCGCAAAAUCUACAUCAGCUAGCACUGUCAGCAGUAACGGCCAGUUGAAUGCUACCGUCAACAGUACAAGGAACAUUGUCGUAUAAUCGUA